AUGGCUCCAAAAUUUGUUUUCCUCUUCAUUUUGGUGGCCUUAAUGAGCCCGUUUCAAUCCCUUGGCCAGCGCGAAUUUAGCCCGAUUGAAGGCCCGAAUAAAGAUCAAAAGGCUCGAUUAUUUUCCGAUAUUGCCGUGGAAGAGCACAACAAACAAGCAAACACGUCGCUAAAGCUCGACCGCGUCAUCAAAGCAGAAGUGCGAGAAAGUGACGAAGGCGGGCCCAUCGAAGAUUUCCCGAUUUAUCAAUAUAGAGUUCGGUUCACAGCUUUCGAUGGAAAAAUCAAAAAGUUGUACGAAGCUCUCGUGUCUCAACCGUUAGAAGCGCACUCGCUAAAAUCCCUUGCCGAACCCCGCGAAUGGACGCCGAUAAACCCGGGUGAUCCCGAGGUGUUGAAUCUUGCGAGAUACGGCCUGGCUGUGGAAAACCAACGAGACAGUAGGUCGCUAAAGUUCGUCUCCAUUGUCAGAGGACAAUACGUUGAGAUCGAUGAUGGGAGACCCGAGUACGUGCCGAUUAUUCGAUACAAGCUCGUGAUCUCGGCUGACGAUGAGAACAAAAUCCGAAAGCAGUACGAAGAAGUACUGUCCGAAUCGUUAGAGGCGAGUGUCUUUGGCGAUCAUGGCCUUGAACUCGUUCGAAUCCAUGGCCGAAAUUGGGUAAUCUCAGCGGAUGAUGGCACCGGAAUCAAAAAGCUGUACGAAGCCGUUUUGUAUGUCGAACGAGAGCUAGAUGCUAAAGAGGGCACCUUUCUCUUUUCCUUUGUAUAUAUGCCAAGAAAAGUCGCGCCAAAAUUCGUAUUUUUCGUCAUUUUCGUGUUCCUAAGCUCGCUAAAUUCCCUUGCCAAACCUGACGAAUGGACACCGAUAAACUUGGGUGAUUUCGAGGUGGUGAAUCUUGCGAAAGUUCUUCUCGAUUGUCAGAGGACAAUACCGAGAGAUCGAUGA